CAAAACGCGACGUAGCCGGAAGCUGCUGGCGGCUGGUGGGGGGGAUCUGAGCGCCUAGUCCAGCUUGGCACCUCGGCCGGACCCGACCUCCUCCUGGGGGCAGCAGGAUUCCAGUGUGCGACCGUCCAGACCCCCCCGCCCCCGCCUCCCGGCCUGUGAGCCUUGCCGCCCUUCAACCUAGCGGUUGCACGGACCUACGUGGCCCCUCAGCGCUCUGGUCCCGAGCAGUCUUGGAGGCAGACUGGUUCUGCACUGCCCACUUGGCCGGGAAAGGGCCUCUGCCCUUCACUUCGAAAGAAGAUUCUGUCCAGAGCACCAUGGCCAGCCCAAGAACCAGGAAAGUUCUUAAGGAAGUCCGGGCACAGGAUGAGAAUAAUGUUUGCUUUGAGUGUGGUGCGUUCAAUCCUCAGUGGGUCAGCGUGACUUAUGGCAUCUGGAUUUGCCUGGAAUGCUCUGGGAGACACCGUGGGCUUGGGGUGCACCUCAGCUUUGUGCGCUCUGUUACAAUGGACAAAUGGAAGGACAUUGAGCUGGAGAAGAUGAAGGCUGGUGGGAAUGCUAAGUUCCGAGAGUUCCUGGAGACACAGGACGACUAUGAGCCUAGCUGGUCACUGCAGGACAAGUACAGCAGCAGAGCUGCGGCGCUCUUCAGGGAUAAGGUGGCUACUUUGGCAGAAGGUAAAGAGUGGUCUCUGGAGUCAUCGCCUGCACAGAACUGGACCCCACCUCAGCCCAAGACACUGCAGUUCACUGCCCACCGACCCUCUGGACAGCCGCAGAAUGCAACUGCCUCUGGGGACAAGGCUUUUGAAGAUUGGCUGAAUGAUGACCUGGGUUCCUAUCAGGGUGCUCAGGAGAAUCGCUAUGUAGGGUUUGGGAACACAGUGCCACCUCAGAAGAGAGAAGAUGACUUCCUCAACAAUGCCAUGUCAUCUCUGUACUCGGUAAGAAGCCCUAGGACCUGCAGAGUGCCUGCUGCCCCAGACAUAGCUAAGGGGGUUGCUACAAAAUUUGGAUCUCAAGCAAGUCAGAAGUUUUGGGGUUACAAGCAGCAGUCGGAGCCGGCUUCGGAGUUGGGCCACAGCCUGAAUGAGAAUGUUCUCAAGCCUGCACAGGAGAAGGUGAAGGAGGGAAGGAUUUUUGAUGAUGUGUCCAGUGGGGUCUCUCAGUUGGCAUCCAAGGUCCAGGGAGUUGGCAGUAAAGGAUGGCGUGAUGUCACUACUUUCUUCUCUGGGAAAGCUGAAGACACUUCAGACAGACCCUUAGAGGGUCACAGCUACCAGAACAGCAGCGGAGACAACUCUCAGAACAGCAACAUAGACCAGAGCUUCUGGGAGACCUUCGGGAAUGCUGAGCCCCCCAAGGCCAAGUCCCCAAGCAGUGACAGCUGGACCUGUGCAGACGCCUCAACAGGGAGGAGGAGCUCGGACAGCUGGGACGUUUGGGGCUCAGGUUCUGCAUCCAACAACAAGAACAGCAAUAGCGAUGGCUGGGAGAGCUGGGAGGGAGCCAGUGGGGAGGGCAGGGCAAAGGCCACCAAGAAGGCAGCCCCAUCCACGGCUGAUGAGGGCUGGGACAACCAGAACUGGUAGGAGCCUAGCACCCUAGCCCAGCCCUGCUGGGAGACCGCUGUGUUUGCACUUUGCCCUUCUUGUUCCUCCUUCAUUUGACCUCAGUGUGAAGACAGUGGCUCAGGCAGGACUUGAGUUGGUGCUGCCUGCCUGGUGUGGGGUGGCUUUCUCUUAGACCUCAGGGGACAUGUCAUCCACCUGCCUCUUGGGUCCUCUGAGCAGCCCUCCUGGACUCUGGGUUCUUGGGACCCAGGCCUGUCCCUGCAGCCCUAGCACAGCCUGGGACUGCAGCUCUGUGCAAUGUCAGCCAAGCCAGACAUCUGCUUUCGUUGAAAUGUCUUUUUAAACUUGAAAGGUCUGCUAGUUCUUUCUUCUUGAAGAAAGUGCCUGGAGCCUUAAAGCUGGAAAUGAGAUGACAAAAGCAAUACUGGAGCUCACACUGCCACCGACACCCUCACCUAAGUCCACAGCCUAUGGCCUGUGCUGUGAAACUCACCUUGUGACCCUCUGCCUUUCCUGCAUCAGCCUGUCCAGCCCUCAGUUAAAUGGGACAAACUCUCCACAGAUGGCCACACAAAGCAGACUGGGCUCUGGUCCUCCUUGGACACCUGAUUUGAACUUGGCCAGCCCUGGACAGCUCAGAAAUGAGGAAAGGAGAGUAAAGGGGCGGGAGCAUUUUCCACGUAUCUGCCGCUCCCACCUGGUACAGGGGAGCCUGAGCAUGGAGGGGGUGCUCAGAGGCCAACUGCCACUGCCAGGGUCAGGCAUCUUAAUGGGGACCCUCCUUCCGGGCAGAGCACCUGUUAGUAUUUGCCAUGUAUUGUGUCUGUGACAGCCCAGGCCUUCUCCCAGGCUGCUCAGAGCACACUUGGUCGUGUCUCCCUCAGCAUGCAGCUGUCCUUCCAGAUGACCCCACUUAUCACCCUGUGGAUUUUGUGGAACACUGCAGUUGAGACCCAUGUGCUAUCAGUGGUUGGUGUGACAGCCGUUCCCUCCUAGCAUUCCGUGACUGCUGUGUGAUGUGGCUGGAGAGACCAGCUGGGGUCUCUGUCUCCUUAAAUCCACUCCUGUCUGACCCUCAGUUUGACCAGCAGUGCAUGACCUGAAGUUCCGUGGUUUAUGUGUCUGUCAUGUUUGCUCCUACUUUCUAAUGUUAAGCUGUCUGGGUCCUAAGUUUCCAGUGCUUCCCCCCUCCUCCCCUAAAUGCGGAUUCAUGGUUCCUUGCAGAACUGAUAGGGCUUAAGUUUGGGGAAUCCUCCGGGAUUGCUUUGUCCUCAAGUGGACAUGACACUACUCAGUAGUCAUGUAACAGGACAUCUCCGAGCUAGGGAAGCAAGGGAGAAGAUACUCAGGACUUGUGCCUGAUAGAAUAACCACUGAUAGAUGACAUCAGAGGUCAGAGACUUGGGGUGAGAAGACAUGGGGUUGUUGAGUACACAGAAAGUCAAAAGUCAAGAAAGUCUGAACACGGAGGGAAGACCUCACUGAAACUGGAAUAUCCCCAGAAUGAAGGAGUCCUUGAUUUGGUGGACAUGAGGUGAUAUAAGGGGAAUGAAAUCUAUUGAUUCUGGUCCAGGAAGCUGUCACUUGGGAGUGGCAAAUGGCCCUAGCUACAAACAGGCUUCUGGUACUAUGUUGAGUAAAUACAGGAGCUGCAUGUUUUGAGGCUUGUUUUAGCAUAAUCCAGAGCCCUCUAUACCACUUUUCCAAUCCCUUAAAGGACAGGGUAAGUAAAGCCUAGGGCAAGGUUCUAGGUAUGGCCUUUGGCUACUGCUUGCAGCCUGUAUGUAGGGAACUUGUCAGACUAUAUUCUAUAAACAUAAGGCCUGGAGAGCCCUUCUCUUGGAUAUAUAUAAACAAACACAUGGCAGGGACAGCUUGGGCUUCAGGGAGGCCUGGUUAGACUUAAGUCAGACAUCGUCGGCCUAGGUGACCUGGCAAGAGGCUGAGCAGCCUUGGAUGCCUGUGGUUCGUCAUGUAGCUAGGGAGGAGAAAGGAACGGUAUCUUGGACUGGCUCUGCUUGUGGCUUGAGUGGAUAGCCUUUCCUGGGCCAUGUUAGUGGCCUGGGUAGUAGGCUUGUCUCCAGAGACUCCACAUCCUUGAGGCAAGUUGUGGCUUGGCCUCUUGUCUUCUAUCCUGGCUUUGGCCCAGGGAUGUCCAGUGGGAUAGUAUGGAGCCUCCUGUAUGUGGCCCGCAGAAGGGUUUGUCUGUGGGCAGCACUAAAGGACCAAGGAGUUCUGAUUAUUUAUGCUGCCUGUAAAUGCCCUGGGAGCCCUUGUAUCAGCCCAAUGGUCUGUUUCCUCUGAAAUUGAUCUGGGCCUCUGGCUAGCUGUUGGGAGUGUGGGUUUUAGCAUCAAGGGAUGCUGGGCAGCCAAGGAUAUCGAUCUCUCAAGUCAGGCUUCACUUCAGACUUCCUGCCCCAAAUGGCCAGACCAGACACCUUUGAAACCAUUAAGACAAUAUCCUGAGUGUCUGCUCCCCCAUCAUCAUGUUUGCCCACUUAAAUUGUUACUCCCUACUGUCAGGCUGUGGUCAGGAGGAAGGUGAACAGGCUCCAGGGCACUCUGUUCUGAUUUAUUUUGCAAGGGUUAUGGCAUGGAUCUCAGAGCAUGGGGAUGGGUGUACACAUGCCAUUUCUAGGUACUGGGAAAGCAGGACCACCGGGCUGGUACAAGGGCUGCCAGGGCUUUUCUAGGCAGCAGGAGGUAGAAAGUACAGGGCAGUCCACCCGAGAGUCAGAGCAGAGAGGAGCACUGAGCUGCGCGUGAAUACACACAGGUAUUUGAAGAUUCCUGUGAGCUACAUCCACAGAUAUAUGUACCCAGAGAUUACCAUUACCACCUUUAUCUGACCAUGGGAGGGUCUGUAAGGACUGUGACCCUACAUCUCACAUCAUGGGUUGAAAGACCAAACUGAGGCUGCACUGGACCCAUGGGAACCCUAGAGUGGCUGGGUCAUAAGCCAUACCUUCAGGUGGGAGAAAGGGGCCUUUUAUCCCUGGCCUGGUCUACUGGGCCACCUUGCCAAAAGUUACAGGGUGAGACCAUGGGGUUUUCAAGAUGGGUCACGAGAGCUUCAUUGAGAGCAGAGCUUUCCCAACCUAUGCAGGCUGGAGCGGCUCAGGAAGGUGUAAGUAGUGUGGGCAUGGGCCUGCUCCUAGUUUUAGGGUGGACAGGAAGGAAGGGAAUAGAGGUUGUAGACCCCAGCCCCAAGUGAUUGGUAGUCCAAAUGGUCCUUCCCCCAAAUAGGCUGGUCAGAGGCCCUCAAUGCCCAGCACCCAGGACUACACACACUGGCCUUUAUUCUCAAGAAGCCUCUGGGACCUCCUCUGUGGGACAGACUUGCAGUUCCCCACUACUCCUGGUGGGAUUCCCAGAAGAGUGUGAAAUGGGUCCUUUGUGCUGGGACCACCAUCUCAUUCUUGAAAACAAGCCCCAAGCAGCAGCAGAUAAAAGGGAGGGGGAAAGACUUAAGGGCGGGCCUAGUGGUGACAUCAGGGAAGGGAACCUUCUCUAAGUUCCAGCCUUGUCACAGACCAAGAAGCACUGGAAACUGAAGAACACUAUCCUUGGAGCAGGAGGUUAGUGACUCAUUUAUGGCCCUGGGGUUUGGUGCAUGAGGGCCUACCAGAGAAUCCACUGGGGAGAGACUGGGGAAAGUGAUAAGGCCCCACAAGUUGAGGGACUCAAGUGUAGCCUGGAGACCUGAGCAUCUUCAGAUCCUAUGAGGGUUUCAGAUGACACUUGGAACUAAGGACAUACGAAAAGGGCUGGUGGGCAGCAGAGAGAACUUAUGUCCAUCAGCUGUGACCACCCUGGCUGUGAAGUAGGGAGGGGUCUGGCUUCAGAGUGAGUCCAGAAGGGAGGGAGGGCCAUCUGUGGCACUUCGUAGGCAGAUGGGGCAGCAGUUCAUAGCACUGACACCUUAGUUUAAAUUUUCUGGAUGGAUGUGUAUAUAUACACUCUAGAGCAGUGGUUCUCAAUUUUCCUAAUGCUGUGGCCCUUUAAGAAGUUCUGCAUGGUGUGGCGAACCUCAAUCAUGAAAUUAUUUUUGUUGCUACCUCAUAACUAUGAUUUUACUAUUAUGUAUCAUAAUGUAAAAAUCUGUGCUUUCCAAUAAUCUUUGGUAAUCCCUGUGAAAGGGUCAUUAGAUGCCCUCACCCCCACCCCGACACACACAAAGGGGUCACAACUCCCAGGUUAACUACUGUUUUAGGGUGUAUCAGCCUGUAGUCUUCCUACUGGUCCCAGCUCUGCUCCCAGAGCUGGCUUCUCUGCAGAGGUAACCUUGAGUAUCCAGGAAAUGCAGGUGCUUUGUGCGGGGGUGGGGUGGGGAGCUGGGUUCCUUAGGCUCACAAAUUCCAGACUGGGUCAUGCUUGUGUUCCCUCUUCCAAAGUACUACCCUUAGGUGGUGAGCUCUACCCCGCUGGCCUCUCUCAAGCAUUGUUUCCCAACUUCGGAGAGGACCCAAGGGCUCCCCAAUACUUUUCGUUCCUACUGUGCCUACUACUGCUAUAAUCAGAACUUGGUCUCACAUGUCCCUUCUGCUUGAGAGCAAGCCACCAAAUGUGGUGACCUUGAUGGUAUGAAUCUAUCCAAACCAAUCUCAGACACCAUGUGGGGCUGCUGGGGCCUCAAGGAUUCCCCGCCGUGUCUCUCUACUGUGGCUGUGAAUACCAGAAGGGGCAUGGGCAGUGCUCCCCUGUUCAGGGAGACUUGGCUCCCUGCAGAGGGUACUUGGAGUACACAAGCAAAUUGUGUAGCUGAGGGUCCUUUGUUCAGUGGGACGCCUCAGUGUGGCUUCAGUCUUCAUCAACAUCUCCAUAAUGAUAAGUCAUAGACCUCUGGGCUUCACUCACAUCUGUAGGGACAACCUGCUAGUCCAUGGGAAUGGAUGCAGAACUAGCUUUCUGUCAGGGAGUGGGUAAGACAGUUCCUUAAGUGGUGAGGGCUUUGACCUCUCCUCCCACAGGCUGCGCAGUAUGAGCCUCCAAGGCUCCUACCUCCGCUUCUGCCUCUGGAUGUUCUUGGGCACCACGUUGGCACUGGGGCAGGGACAAGGUAAGGAGGCAAUGCCCCCACUGCAACAAGAAGAACUCUGCUACAAGCCUCUGACUUGCCAGAACAGGCAUUUCCCUGUAGAGUAAAUGCUAACCUGAGAGCUGUUGUGGCAACAGGCAAGCUGGUAGAGCAGAGGAGAGAACACUCACACUCAGCUCUUGCCUUGACCUUGUGGUACUUCGGCCUUGCUUAGGGAGGCUUUCUUGCCUAAGUUAUUUCAAGAUUACUGACAUUCUCCAAAUUUGACCCUUUAUCUAUGCCUUGCAUAAUUCUGUAAAAUUUUCAAUCUGGUUUCAUAUACUACACACAUGGCUUAAUAGAGAUCAAUACUCCUGCCUCUUCCCUCCCAAGGGGGUAAAAAAAAGCCUUCCUACACUGUCUUCGAAGGGUGGUGUACCUCUCUUCUCUGUACGUGUCUUGGGGCAAGAGGCUCCAUCUGGACCCUUUCAAUUUGGCCAUUCCAGGCUCCCCCGGGAAAGUCUCUCGUAGUAUUUCUAUGACCUCCAAGGGAUGUGCACAGGACUUGGGGAGGAUCUGUGUUACAGACUCCUUCCUGUGGAGCUGCUGGCUCAGGUGGGUCCCUGGAAGGCAUGUUUCUGUGUGCCCAUAGCCUUCACACUCAUGACUACAUCUAGCUCCCAGGAACAAUAUAGUAUGUUCCUCAUGA